CGGCAGCGCAGGUGGGUGACGGUUGUUCAAGGUUUGAUGACAUCGAUGACGAACAAGCAACCAAACCAAGCAAGAGCCUCCAUUCACUCAAACACUCAAACACACGCACCCUUCCCUGCGCCAGCCCACACACACACUCUCUCAUCGUGAAUCACACGCCUCAAGGUCGGCAUUGUCAUCAUCAUCACGCACAAGCAAACAAGCAAACAAGCAAACAAGCAACCAAACAUCAUCACAUACACAUAGCCUAUGACACGCAGCCAUCGCUGACUCAUCUGCACGCACACAACAAUCACACACAGCACCAAACAGAAGCAGUCACAACAGCAGCAGAAGCAAUCGCAAGCUGCGGCAGCUUCAGGCUUCCGGAAAAGGGUCCCUCACCUUUGCUUUUCUUUCCCCUCCUUGCAUCACACGCCAUCUCCAUCAUCACCAACCACCACCACAGACGACGCAAGGCAGGAAAGAAGACACACACCCACACACGAAGCCAAGCAACCAGCACCAAGCAAGCACCAAACAAGCACCAAGCAUUGGCCCGACCUUGUGCUGUGUUGUCAGAGCAGCAUCGCAUUCAUCUGCUACCGAAACCCCACGAAGGAUUCAUAGCCACGCACACAGACCCCAAGUGCCCACGACACUUCCAUUUCCCUACUCCAUUCACCAGCUUCAGCUUCACAAAACCCAGCGGUUGGAACAUCAAUUGAUCGUCAUCGCCAUGGGUGCCAACGCGUCUCGCAGUAGCGCGGCCAAACCAGAGCCCGCCACCCCAUCAAAGCAUCUUCAAGCACGUCUCAUCGACCCUCGAUCACCGUCGACAACAGUGCCUCGCACCCCGCUGCCCGUCACCUCCGACUACAUUCCCAUUGAGUCGCGAGACGACUCGCCGCUGCCGUGCUGCGACCUGACAGAGUCGUGUGAUGAAGUCGACAGAGCAGGCGAGCGGGCCGCGGUAAACGCCAUCAUGUGCUCCAUGCGUGAGGCGAAGAUUGGCCAGAACGCAGCCAACGCGGGUACCAGGCAGCUGCACCCCAUCGCAGAGCAAGGCAAUGAGGGUGACAAUGGGGAAGAGGACGAGGAAGACAGCGCCGAAGCAGACGACUACCACGCCUACGAGGACGCGCCGCAGGACGACCUCGAGAGCCCAACGUUUGCUGCCAUUGCAAACGAGGACGAGCGCUCACAAUCCUCCAUGUACAGUAGCGACUACGAGGACAGCACCGACCAGCAACAGCAAGGGCAGCAGCAGCAGCAGCGGCAAGAAGAGGACGCCACGUUUGUGCCCGCUCCGCUCAUCACCCUCAAAACCACAACAAACACCAACAGCCACACAAACGACAUCACACGCUCUCCCGGCGCCAAGCGACAGCUCCCAUUUGCGGAGCGAACUAACCUCACCCCUCUUCGAGCCCCUAACCAGCAGAUGGCGCUGCAAGCUUGAAGAUGGCGCUGUUUGCGUGGUGGUGGGGUGACGUGAGGUGGGUGACGUAAGAGUUGAGAGGAGGAAGAGAGAGGGGAAGAGAGAGAGAAAGCCGCGACUGCUGCCUUCUGGUUUUUUUUUUUAUGUCGUGUACUGCGUUACAAUCCCAUUAAAUCUUG